UCCCACGUGCAGUAUUGAGUUUACCUCGGUGUGCCGUACUGCAGACUUACUGUGAAGGGCAACAAUGAUGGACACCCAAACACCCUUCACACCUAAUUCGAGACCACAAUCUCCGUCACAGAACUUCAAUCAAACCGUCCCUCUUCCUCCCAUACCACCACCACCCUCAUCCUUUCUUUCACCACAGCUUAACAUCCCUUCUCCGUCCUUCCAACUCGAUCCCGACGACCUCGCCCCACUUCUCGACAAUACAACCUCCAACACGCCUAGAAAUAUUUCAUUGGAGCCUCUUUCUGGUAGCGCACAGCUUCUCAUUUCCUCAAACAUGGGUUCUCGUACACCAAAGUCUGGAACACCGCGUCCUCGCACCGCUGGCGAAGGCGACAGCACGUCCCAUGGUUCGGCAGCGCAGAAGUCUCCAGAAAGACCGCUCAACGUCACCGAUGCGCUCAGCUACCUCGACGCGGUCAAAGUUCAAUUCCAGGACAAACCAGACGUAUACAACCACUUUUUAGACAUCAUGAAGGACUUCAAGAGUGAAGUAAUCGACACACCUGGAGUGAUCGAGCGCGUGUCAAUGCUGUUCCAUGGCAAUCCAUAUCUUAUUCAAGGAUUCAACACUUUUCUUCCCCCAGGCUACAGGAUAGAGAUGUCGGCAGACCCACGCGACCCCAAUAUCAUCACCGUUACAACGCCGUUAGGUACCACCACUCAGAGCACAAGCACCUUCGAGCAGAUCUCCCGCGUCACUCGCGACACUGCUACAACCAAGUCGUCGCUUCCUGUUCCACCCACCGCCGGACCUGGGUUUCCAUUCCAGCCAGUGACCCGUUCGAUGACACCAUCUAUGGCUCCCUUUCAGGUCCCGCAUAUGCCACAGUCUAUGGAUACUUACUCCCCAGGCCUUCAAGUACCCUCCACAACUACUGCCGCGUCCUUUCUUAACAAUUUGUCCAACCGAAAUGCUGUAGAAAACAAAUCGUCGGGGGAAUUCAACCAUGCGAUACAGUACCUGAACAAAAUCAAGGCGCGCUAUUCCGAUGACCCCGAUACAUACAAGCAGUUCUUGGAAAUAUUGCAAACAUACCAGAAGGAGCAGCGUCAGAUCCAAGAUUCGCAAGUAUACGUGCAGGUGCAAGUCCUAUUUAAGGAUGCUCAAGAUCUGCUCAGUGAAUUCAAGGAUUUCUUGCCUGAGGUGUCGAUGGCCCUGAGCGGGGCUGUCGGUAUCCUUCCGCAGCCAACUAGUGGCCCAGGAGUGCCAGCACCUUGGGUGGAUGCAGGUGACAAGAAUGGCAAGAAGACGCAGGUUCCGCCCAAGAAAAGGAGAAAGGUUCCAGAGAAAGAGACAACGCCCGCGCCAGCUGUGCGGACUGCCCCAAGUCGAGCAAAGAAGCCCAAGCAUACGCACAAAGGCGCCGACCCUGACUCUCCGCAAUUCAAUUCAUACGGGUUACCAGAAUCGCCGCCCCACCAUCCCCCGCAUUUGCACGCCAGUAUGCUUCCGCCACCCCAAAUGCACAAUCUAGUGUUACAAGGCUCCCAGCCAGUUGCCAACGUUCAGUCAGCGCCUGAUGAACUCAUCUUCUUUGAGCGCGCGAAGCGCACAUUAGAGAGCAAGGACACAUACGAGGAGUUCCUCAAGCUCCUGAAUAUGUACUCCAAAGACAUUAUCAAUGCGAAGACACUCGUAAACAUGGCUCAAGUGUAUUUAGGCGAUGGUGAUCUGCUCUCGCAGUUUCGGGAGGUGGUUGGGGUCGAUGAACGGCAGGACAGUAUCGAACACGGUCCGCCUGGGAGCAUCCGCACCGGCCCGCCCGAAGCCUUGUCUGCAUUGCCAGCUGAGGAUGGCGAGGGUCCAAGUUAUCGUCGGUUACCCGAGAGCGAAGUUCAUUUGGCAUGCUCAGGUCGCGACGAACUCUGUCGUUUCGUGCUGAAUGAUGAAUGGGUUUCACAUCCGACAUGGGCGUCUGAAGAAGCAGGCUUUAUCGCACACAAGAAGAACUCGUUUGAAGAAGCGCUGCACAAGAGCGAAGAGGAACGACACGAAUAUCAAGUCCAGCUUGAGGCCCUCUCACGCACAAUCGCUGUCAUAGAGCCCAUUAACUUUCGCAUUGAAGAAAUGACCAACGAAGAACGCUCCACAUUCCGACUCAAGCCUGACUUCGGCGGCAUGAGCAAGUGCAUAUACCACCGGACGCUGAAGAAAGUCUACGGCCGAGAUGCUGGAAUGGAGGUCAUUCAAGCUCUUCAAGAGUGUCCCAGUGUCGCUGUGCCGGUAGUCCUCGCUCGGCUGAAGCAGAAAGAUGAAGAAUGGCGACGCGUACAACGAGAAUGGAACAAAACGUGGCGAGAGGUUGACGCCAAGAAUUUCUAUAAAUCUCUUGAUCAUCAAGGGGUCACGUUCAAAUCCAACGAUAAGAAGGUCGUCACUGCGAAACACUUUGUAGGAAAUAUCGAAUCAGUCAAAGCUGAGCAAGCAGAUACGCGUGCACAGCAGGGCCCACCGUCAUUCGCUACUGCUUCGCCAGGUCAUCAACUGGAUUUUCCCUUCAAGGACAUAUCUGUCCUUCAAGACUCCCUUAAGCUGGUGUACUCAUUCUUGGACCAUUCCCAUGCACACUAUACUCCACAGGAACGCCGUGGAGUCGAAGGCUGGCUGCGUUCGUUCGUUCCCCUGCUAUGUAUGUGCCCUGCUGCCGAGUUCAAUGCUGGGUACACGCCUUCGGACGAUCCGCGAGAUGACGAGACAGACCAACAAGCUUUAGAUAGUCCGCGGAAUGAUAACGGAGUGCCGUCCACCAGCGGACGUGGUCCUUUGGGGAGCGUAAUGGCCGCGGGUGACCUUCGCAAGCGGUUGUUGAAAUCUUCGCAAGACAACCCCAUUUGCUCAGAAGGCACGAACACAUUUUCGUCAUCCCAAUCAAGGGGGACCACGCCUCAUCCUGAGCGUGUAUUAUCUGAUACCGCUCUGGAGGACAGCAAAAGCGCAAAGUUGGUUUCACCCCAAAAUAGUUCCCCAGAUCAGUGGAUCCACGACGCGUCUGCCAAUCAAGCCCCUCCUAUUUCCGGAGACGGUGCCUCUAGACGAAAACCUUUUUUCGGGAACACCACGUUCUAUACGGUUUUCUGUCUAUUACAGCUGAUCUAUUCUCGUCUGCUCGUGUGUAAGGAACAAGGCGCACAUCAGACUGCAAAAGGCCUAAAUCCUGCAGAUUGUAAUCCUAUCGCCAUUGAGUUAGGACUGGAUGAUCCGAAUGGACCGUCUGCCAUACUUGCGCAGGCUAUGGAGGCUGUAUGCAAUCGUCAUACCCGUGACGCGACUGAUGUCGUGUAUCUUUACAUGUUGGAGGCAUUUGAAAAGCUCUUUGAUAACGAGCUUGAUCAAGCAAUGUUUGAGGAGCAUAUGCGAUGGUUUUUCGGCAACAAGGCUUAUCACCUUUUCACAUUGGACAAAUUGUUGUCUUCAUUGAUCAAGCAGGUGCAGAUUCUUCUGUCAGAUAACAAAUGUCAGGAGCUAUGGGUGCUACUUCAACAAACACGGAAAGUCGAUGCCCUAUCCAAUCAGAACAUGAUUCGCUAUCGGCGUGAGGCGGAACGUCACGUUGGUGCCGACGAACAUCUAUACAGGUUUGAUUGGCACCGGUCUACGAAAACAAUGUAUGUUCAACUUGUUGAAGCGGACGAUCCUAGCGUGAAUGGAGACGGGACGGCGAUUAAUCGGUGGCGAGAAUAUGUGGACUCGUACGUGCUUCGGCAGCCGACGGAAUGGUUGUCACAAGCCAAACGUGAAGGGAGGGUAUUUUUGCGCAGACAUCUGACGAUCGACGAAUCAGCGCGAGGCACAUCAAGUUGGGAUUCGAUGGGCAUCCGGGUGAGCCUAGGCACGUACAAGAUGUUCUAUGAAUCAAGCGCUGAAGAUGUGUACGUGCGGCCGAGGAGUAGAGAAGAGGAGAAGGAACUGAGGGAAAGAGCCAAAGUUCGGGAGGAAGAAAGAAAACGAAGCAUAUGGUUAGCAUCGUAGUAAUAUAAUCUUAAAUAACCGAUAUAGAAAUAGGACAAGUUGAUUUUUUUAUAUCAUAAAGCUGUAAUCG